UCAUGUUCUCUUUGGCUUCUUUCUCCUGUUCAAGGUUUGCAGCAGAUCUCACAGAACAAAGUGGCAGUUCUGCUGCUGGCUGGAGGACAAGGAACCCGCCUGGGAGUGAGCUACCCCAAGGGCAUGUACAACGUGGGAUUGCCCAGUGGCAAAACCUUGUAUCAGAUCCAAGCAGAAAGAAUCCGAAAAAUAGAGCAACUCGCUGGCCAGAGGCACCACUGCAAGUGUACUGUCCCCUGGUACAUCAUGACAAGUGAGUUCACGCUGGGGCCAACAGAGGAGUUCUUUGUAAAACACAGCUACUUCAACCUGGAUAAAUCCAAUGUAAUCAUGUUUGAACAGAGGAUGCUGCCAGCUGUCACCUUUGAUGGGAAGGCCAUCUUGGAGGAGAAGGGGAAAAUUGCUAUGGCUCCAGAUGGCAAUGGUGGCUUGUAUCGUGCUUUGGUGGAUAAUAAAAUCUUGGAUGACAUGAAGCAGCGUGGCAUCCAGUACGUCCAUGUGUACUGUGUAGACAACAUUCUUGUCAAAAUGGCAGAUCCAGUCUUCAUUGGCUUCUGUGUUUCCAGAGAAGCAGAUUGCGGUGCCAAGGUGGUGGAGAAGGCCUACCCCACAGAGCCUAUUGGGGUGGUGUGCCGCGUGGAUGGGGUCUCUCAUGUGGUGGUGGAGUACAGCGAGAUCAGCCCAGAGACUUCGCAGCAGCAAAGGCCUGAUGGGGGGCUGAUGUACAGCGUUGGCAAUAUCUGCAACCAUUUCUUCACUGUUGAGUUUCUGCAGACAGUGGCCCAAAAACACGAGUCCCAGCUGAAACACCAUGUGGCCAUAAAGAAGGUGCCUUACAUUGACGAGGAGGGAAAUCUGGUAAAACCACUAAAACCGAAUGGAAUAAAGCUGGAGAAGUUUGUGUUUGAUGUGUUCCAGUUCUCUAAGAAUUUUGUGGCAUUUGAAGUUUUGAGAGAAGAGGAGUUCUCGCCAUUAAAAAAUGCAGAUACAGCUGAGAAAGACAAUCCUACCACUGCUCGGCAGUCCCUCCUGGCCCAGCACUACCGCUGGGCUCUCAAGGCUGGGGCCAGAUUUUUGGAUGAAGAUGGCUGCAGGAUACCAGAGAAGCUCAGUCUUUCAGGAACCGAAGAUCCUCCGGCUGUGUGUGAGAUUUCUCCAUUAGUAUCUUACUUUGGAGAGGGUCUGGAGGUGUACAUGAAGAACAAAGACUUCUGUUCUCCGUUUAUACUCGAUGAAGACAAAGCAGAAAUGCUAAGAAGUUCUUGAAGAGGAGGGAGGUCUUCUCCCCCUCAAAUCAGAUGCUUGUCUGUCAGAGCAAUUGUAAGAACUGACCCUACUAAAAUGUCAUAUGAAGUGCCUUAUGAAAACUUGCUUUGCAGUAUUAGGUUGAUGCCAAAUCUUUGCAACAGUUGUAUAUACACAUCUGUGCCAACUCACCAGAUCUGUUUGGUGACUUUGAAGUCUGAGCCUUUUACCUUAAUCUGUUUUGUCAACAAUGAUAUGAAUGACAAUUAAUACUUUCCAGGUACCAGACAGAGUUUAUAUUUCCUUUCUCUAGUGCAUACAGAUAUAUAACAGAGCCAGCUGGAAUCUAAUCAAUCAGCUUUGCAUUCAUGAAGAUUAGAUCUCUGCAGUGGCUACUUUUGUACCUUGUUUGUGCUGUUGUUAUUUUUUUGUAUGCUUGCUUGUUUGUUUUAAACUGUGCAGAGCUGAAGAAGAAUCAUUGUGAUGCCCCAAUCUGAAAAGUAUGGAAUGACUUUGUGUACUGGACUGUUUCUGUCCAAAGAUCAAUCUUUGCUGUAAUCCUCUGCUGGUCAGGAGAUGCAGUUCAGCAUUCAUAUCCUCUAAUCAGUGUGUAUGGAGGAGUGUGCUGCAGUUGGGGUCCUUCUGUGUUUACGUUUUGCUUGAGAUGUGGACCCUGCAGCAGGCAAGACUGGUUUGCAUAUGUAGGCUCAGUGGUGGCACUCCAAGAAAACUAAUUAAAUAUGCAGCUCAGACUGAUUGCUUUUUACAGCUGCAGUGACCUGCAGGGGGGAAGAGGACAAAGAAGAAGGCUGAGAACUGUUUUCACAACAACCUUCUCUUCUUCUCUUACGAUAAUCAUUUAUUUUGCUUUUCAUUUUUCUGUUUGACACAUAUAACAUCCCUCAGGGAGGCACUCCUAUGAAGUGCCUGAAGGUGACAGUGACAGGAGGAACAAGCUGUGAGGGAGAAUUUGAGGCUUAAUCCCAACAUAAGCAAUGUACACAGUAAAACAACUCAGCUUCUACAAUUUCUGGCCAAGUGGUUUUCUAGCACUUUUUCAGUUAAGGAAAUAACUCUUUAGAUGCCUUGCUCUUAACUUAGAUUACAGACUAUGAUAUAUCAACUAACUAAGGAAGGUAAUUUGUAGAAUUUCAGUAGCACAGCAGCUCAGCCCUGGUGGAGGGGUCACAGGAUGGCCGUGCCUCACAGCUCCUGCUCUGCAACAGCAGAUCCUACACACCAAAGUCAUUUCACACCUCAGGGGGACUCUUCAGGUGCA